AUGGUACCCUAUUCGCCCUCAGCUGUCACUUACAGGUGUGACGAGCGAAGCUGGAUGGGCGCCUGGAAGACAUGUUGUGUUCUGGAUACCGCGGUCCGACGGUCUCCUUUGGACCAGGGUUACCUCUGUGACAGCUGUCUCCCACGAGAAGCUGCUCAUGGAGAUUCGGCCGCGACAGCGAAGACGGACGCGUCAUCGACCUUUGCUCCACCAUUCGCAGCUAAUCCCAUUUACGACGUGGUGUCGCGGACUCGCAUUUUCGAGGGCCUCGUUCGAUCAUCCAUAGGCGACCAGGUCGUGAACAUCCUCUUUGGUGACCAGCGUUUGGGCACUAGCGACGAGUCCUACGUCCACAACCUCCCACCACCCUCUCCUUCAUGGUAA